GUGAUCUAUUCCCUUUUACAGUUUCUUCUCUGCUGGAUGCCAUUUUUUUCUUUUAGCUUUUGAGGUGGCUUGUUUAACACCCGACAAUUUCUGUUGUCAAGGGUUUGUUUGCUUCUCUUAAAUUUUCCGAUGAAAAAAUCUGCUGUUCCUGCCCAGACUUCGGGAGACAUUUUUACCGCUAUCUCUACUGCUGAGCCUAGCACGUCAUUGUACCCUCGUCUGGCAAGUACCGUUGCUGUUCCUUCCAACGCCACCAAAUCUGGUGCUGUCCAGACUAAUAAUUUUUGGGGUAACAUUUCAUUAGGGGACCAGAACUCGGUCGUUUUCACUCAUCCAUAUGUUCUUUGGAAAUCCACUACAUCUGAUUUCAAUGGCCUAGCUAUUUCUCAUCAGACCGAUUCUCAAAAGGUCUGGGGUGACAAGAAUGAUCAUGGCGCUUCAUCGUACUUUUACAGUGCUGCUGGUGUGAUGUCCUUGGUUCUCGGCUCAAAGGACUUUGACAAUGGCUGCUCGAUUUCGUUGCAAAAUAUGAAAAGAAUGUCUAUUGAUGUUACCUUGUCCAGCCCCAAUGCGGGCUCUUUGACUGCUUCAGUUUUGCAAGGAAUGGGAAUGGUAACCGCAGUUUACAAUGAUUUGAUUCCAGAGAUCCAUUCCCAGGUUGGAAUCAGCUCCGUUACAGGAGGUACAGCUCCUAAAACAGGAACUGACAAGUACAAAAUUGUUUUGAAGGAUAACUCAACUUGGUACAUGUAUGUUACUUUCACGGACAACCAAACGUGUAAGUUUGCAUUGAAGGAUUCAGGCCAUAUUAUUGGGUCAAAUUCUAUCAAUAAUUGUUGGAUCCAAGUGUGUUGCGGUGAUUUCAGUGAUUACGAUAGAGCUGCAGGUUGUUAUCCAACUGCAUGCACUUUAUCGGCAUCAACCUCGGGUUCAACCGGAACUUAUGCUUUGAACUACACUACUGCAGGCUCUGGAACUACACCACUGAUGUACGCACUUCCUCACCAUGUUGCUUCAUUCACAUCGAAAACCUCAAAUACCAAAUCUAACGCAUCGUUGGAUGAUACAGUCCACGGUACUAUGGUGGGAUAUUUGACCAAUGUUUUCGAAAUGUCUGAGAACUUACCAACUUCUCUUGGAAUGGACCCAUGGUCCAAAAUUUCAGGUUUUUCGACGCCAAACUAUUCCGAUGAUGAAUUGAAUGCAAUCAGAGCAGCUGCAUCGAGUGACAUUCAAAAUGAUGUAGCAAACUUAUCAAAUCUUGAUACAAUGUACUAUUCGGGUAAGAUCCUUGACAAGUUUGCUUAUGUUUUAUAUGUACUAUACUAUGUUUUGAAAGACACUGACUCAACAAAAGCUUUGUUGGACAAAAUGAAGACAGCAAUGAACAGAUUUACAAAUAACCAACAGAUAAACCCUCUAUGUUACGAGACCAACUGGGGUGGUAUCUGUUCAACUGCUGGUAUGGCAAAGGGUGAUACCGGUGCUGAUUUUGGUAACGCAUUCUACAACGACCACCAUUUCCAUUAUGGUUAUCAUAUUCAUGCUGCAGCAAUCACCGCCAAGAUUGAUCAACUAGUUGGUGACGGAAGCUGGCUAACAAACAACAAAGACUGGGUUAACAAUUUAGUCAGAGAUGUGGCUAAUCCAAACGAAAGUGAUACCUAUUUUCCUGUUUUUCGUAACUUUGAUUUUUUUAUCGGACACUCAUUUGCACAUGGAAUUACCAUCUAUUCUGAUGGUAAGGAUGAAGAAUCCAGUAGCGAGGAUUACAAUUUUGCGUAUGCAAUGAAGGUUUGGGCACAAGUUAUUGGCGACUCCAACAUGGAAACACGUGCUAACUUGAUUCUAGCCAUUGAAAGUAGAGCAAUCGGAACCUACAUGCUAUAUCAAUCGAACAACAACGCCAUGCCAUCCAACUAUACUGGAAACUACGUCAGUGGUAUCAUGUUUGAAAACAAGAUUGACCACACUACCUAUUUCGGAACCAAUGAAGAAUACAUUCACGGUAUUCACAUGCUACCAAUUACUCCAGUAUCCUCGUUGAUCCGCUCUCCUGCUUUUGUCAAGGAGGAAUGGGAAAACUUUCUUUCGAGUAGAAUCGACGGCAUCAAUUCCGGAUGGAAAGGUGUUUUGAUGAUGAAUGUCGCUUUGUACGACCCUGGCACCGCAUACAAGUUUUUUAGCCAACCCAACUUCAACUACAACUACUUGGAUGAUGGUAUGACAUUGACGUGGUCCUUGGCUUACUGCUCGGGGGUGAACAACUGAUCCCGACCGGGUUGAGAAGUUCGCUUGCCGUAGUGCCACAGGCGGACCUGGGGAUCCGGAGGCGCU